AUGUGUAAAAUCUAUGAAGUCAUUAUCCGCUUGGUCAGCUUUCCCCUUGCUUCCUCUGGCUUCCUCCGCAGUUUUAGGUGGAAUCCGCCAGGCACAAAUCUCGCCGAUCUCGGGAUAGUCUACACCCCAGGUUUGGGUGGCAUUUACGUAGAGGCUGCCUGGGCAGGUAAGUUGGCGCUUGUCGGAAUCAAUGCUGCGAUGUAUAGACUAUUGUCGGCGACUACAUCCACUCCCGACUCCUCUACUGGUGGACACAAACAACGACAGCAGCGACAACAACGAUGUCAACAACAACGUCACUUCUGCGGCGCUGCGACCAAAAGUGAUAUAGAUGCAGCUUUCGCCCUCUUGAACAGACACCAUCCAAAGACCAAUACUGUCGCAGCACGAUGCGCUUCAUUCUACGCCCGUUUACCUCGCAAUAACCUUUCCUCCUAA